GAAACUAUGCCCCAGACGCCAAUAUUUUCCAGCAUGCUUGGUUCCAGUUGUAGUGGACAAGUGCAGCCAGAUAUGGGAGAGAGGUGCGUGGACCCUGUUUAUCAGGAUGGGAACCUUGUUUCUGGAUCACUUGAGGCCUUGAUAGAGCGCCUGGUGCCCACCAUGGACUAUUAUCCAGAUAGGACUUACAUCUUCACUGUCCUGCUGAGCUCACGAGUCUUCAUUCACCCACACGAGCUCCUGGCUAAAGUGGGGCAGCUCUGCAUUAAACAGAAGCAGCAGCUGGAAACGGGGACUGAGGCAGAAAAGGCAAAGCUAAAAUCCUUUGCUGCCAAAAUCAUUCAGCUCUUGAAGGAAUGGACUGAAACUUUUCCCUAUGACUUCCAAGAUGAAAAAUCCAUGAAAGAGUUGAAGGAGAUUGCUCACAGGAUCACACAGUGUGAUGAGGAAAAUGGAACCGUGAAAAAGAUCAUUAGCCAGAUGACACAGAACCUCCUGAUGGCCCUCUCUGCACGGAGCCAAUACCAGGAAAUCAGAGAGAAAUUCCGGCAACCUGUUACUGACAAAGGCACCAUCCUCAAAACCAAGCCACAGUCAACUCAAAAGGACAUCCUGAGCGUGUGCUGUGACCCUCUGAUCUUGGCACAGCAGCUGACCUAUAUCGAACUGGAAAGGGUGAACAACAUUUACCCAGAGGAUCUGAUGCAGAUUGUCAGCCACAUGGACUCCCUGGAUAAUCACAAGUGCCGUGGCGAUGUGACCAAAACCUAUAAUUUGGAGGCCUAUGACAAUUGGUUCAAUUGUCUCAGCAUGCUGGUGGCUACAGAGAUUUGUCGGAUUGUAAAGAAAAAGCAGCGUACAAGAAUGGUGGAAUUUUUCAUUGAUGUGGCAAGAGAAUGCUUUAAUAUUGGAAACUUCAACUCAAUGAUGGCUAUUAUCUCUGGCAUGAACUUGAGUCCUGUGGCACGGCUAAAGAAAACUUGGUCUAAAGUCAAAACAGCCAAAUUUGAUGUUUUAGAGCAUCACAUGGAUCCAUCAAGCAACUUCUGUAAUUACCGCACAGCCCUGCAAGGAGCAGCACAGCGAUCUCAGACUGCCAACAGCAACCGAGAGAAAAUAGUCAUCCCAGUUUUCAACCUGUUUAUUAAAGAUAUCUACUUUCUGCACAAAAUACAUAUGAACCGCUUGCCCAAUGGGCAGAUAAACUUCAAGAAGUUUUGGGAAAUUUCAAGACAAAUUCAUGAUUUCCUGACAUGGAAGCAGGUUGAGUGCCCUUUUGAAAAAGACAAGAAGAUCCAGAGCUAUCUACUCACAGCACCCAUUUACAGUGAAGAAGCUCUGUUCAUUGCAUCCUUUGAAAGUGAAGGUCCAGAAAACCACAUGGAAAAAGACAGCUGGAAAACACUCAGGACAACUCUUCUUAAUAGAGCCUGAGGUUUUUGGAUCUCAUCUGCAGACUGCGAAGCACAUUAGAUGAAUAUGUUUUUACAACCUGAAAGACUUGGACUGAGCUAAGAAAGACCUCACUGGCUGAGGUCUGUUUUGUAUAUACAGUAACUUUUAUGAAAUAAAAUGUGGUAAAUAUUUCACAUGUCAACCUUAAGGCACUUAAGUGAAGGGUUUUGGGGGUUUAUUUUAAAUA